AUGGCCGGAACCCUCGCCGGAAAAGUUGCUGUUGCCGGCGCGUGGAGGAGCGUGACGGCUUUUCUGCCGGAUAAAAUUUCAGGGGUUGGUCAUCGGAGGGUGAUCUACCUCGUGGUGGUUAAUGAUGAAAAAACCAUCACAGAGAAAAUACUGCAGAAAGUCAAGCUCGGGAAUUAUCAGUUGGGAAAGACAAAAGUGUUCCUUAGGGCUGGCCAGAUUGGUGUUUUAGACUCACGUCGUGCUGAGAUUUUGGACUCUUCUGCGAAGCAAAUACAAAGUCGGCUACGUACAUUUCUUGCACGCAAGGACUUCAUCUCAAACCGAUUGGCUGCAAUUCAUCUACAGUCUUUCUGCAGAGGUUAUCUUGCUCGUAAUUUAUAUGCUGCACUGCAGGAAGCAUCAGCUGCGAUCAUAAUUCAGAAAUAUGUGCGGAAGUGGAUCUUGAGGAAUGCUUAUGUGCAAUUUUAUGCUUCUUCUCUGCUGAUACAGUCUUGCGUUCGUGGUUUUGCUGCUCGACAGAAGUUCUUAUACAGGAAGGAGAAUAAGGCUGCUACUAUCAUUCAGGCACAUUGGAGAAUGUGCAAGUUUCGAUCAGCGUUUCGUCAUCGGCAGUCCAAUAUUAUUUCUAUACAAUGUCUUUGGAGGCGAAAAAUGGCAAGAAGAGAGUUCAGAAGGCUCAAACAGGAAGCUAAUGAAGCUGGUGCCCUUCGUAUAGCAAAAACCAAGCUUGAAAAGCAGUUGGAGGAUCUCACUUGGAGGUUGCAAUUAGAAAAAAAAUUGCGGCUAUCUAAUGAUGAGGCUAAAUUAGUGGAAAUUUCAAAACUUCACAAGACUGUAGAAUCUUUAAGCCUUGAGUUAGAUGCAGCAAAGUUGGCUGCAGUCAAUGAGGUCAACAAGAAUGCUGUGCUCCAAAGACAACUGGAUUUAUCCAUGAAGGAGAAAGCUGCUUUGGAAAGAGAAGUUUUUUCAGUGACUGAGCUGAGAAAUGAAAAUACAUUUCUGAAGAGUUCAUUAAACGCCUUGGAGGAAAAGAACUCAGCAUUGGAGCAUGAGCUACUAAAGGCUAAAGAAGAGUCUACUGACACAAUUUCCAAGUUGACAGCAGUUGAAGAAACAUGUUCACAACUCCAACAAAACUUAAAAAGUAUGCAAGAGAAGCUCUCAAAUUUAGAGGAUGAAAAUCAUAUCCUCCGACAGAAAGCACUGGGUGCAACUCCAAGGAGCAAUCGUGCUGGUUUUGCCAAGCCUUUUAUCGAUAAAUUUUCUGGUGCACUCGCUUUGCCCUCUGCUGAUCGUAAAUCUUCAUUUGAAUCUCCCACACCAACAAAAAUGAUACCACCUCUUGCUCAAGGAUUUUCUGAUUCGCGUAGAGCUAAGUUGACCAGUGAAAAGCAGCAGGAGAACUCUGAAAUUCUUUCACGGUGUAUCAAAGAGAAUUUGGGAUUUAAGGAUGGAAAGCCAGUUGCUGCUUGUGUCAUCUACAGGUGCCUCCUUCACUGGCAUGCCUUUGAGUCAGAGAGGACUGCUAUUUUUGACUUUAUCAUUGCGGGUAUCAAUGAAGUUUUGAAGGUCGGAGAUGAGGCUGUUACAUUGCCUUAUUGGUUAUCGAAUGCAUCUGCACUUCUCUGUCUGCUGCAAAGAAAUUUGAGGGCGAAUGGAUUCUUUAGUACUUCUCAGCGUUCUGGAGGCGGUUCUGCACUAAAUGGGAGGGUCGCACAAAGUUUAAAGUCGCCCUUGAAAUUUAUUGGAUCAGAGGAUGGAAUGUCACAUAUGGAAGCAAGAUAUCCAGCUUUACUGUUUAAACAACAAUUAACCGCAUGUGUAGAGAAGAUAUUUGGUCUGAUUCGUGAUAAUUUGAAGAAGGAAAUAUCCCCAUUGCUGGGUCUGUGCAUUCAGGCACCAAAAAUCCAACGGGUGCAUGGAGGCAAAUCAACUAGAUCACCUGGUGGUAUCCCUCAACAGGCACCAAGCAGUCAGUGGGAUAGCAUCAUCAAAUUUCUGGAUUCUUUCUUGAGCCGCUUACGCGGAAAUCAUGUGCCUUCGUUUUUCAUCCGCAAGCUGACAACCCAGGUUUUCUCGUUCAUCAACAUAUCACUUUUUAACAGUCUUUUACUCCGACGAGAGUGUUGCACAUUUUCAAAUGGAGAAUAUGUGAAGUCCGGUUUGGCAGAACUAGAAAAAUGGAUAGUCAAUGCAAAAGAAGAGUUUGCAGGUACAUCUUGGCAUGAACUUAAUUAUAUCAGACAAGCUGUUGGAUUUCUGGUAAUUCAUCAGAAGAGGAAGAAAUCACUGGAAGAGAUAAGACAGGACCUUUGCCCGGCAUUGACAAUCAGACAAAUAUAUCGAAUUAGUACCAUGUAUUGGGAUGACAAGUAUGGAACUCAAAGUGUGUCAAAUGAGGUUGUCGCACAGAUGAGGGAGAUUUUAAACAAGGAUUCUCAGAAUCUAACAUCUAACUCAUUUUUGUUGGAUGAUGAUCUGAGUAUUCCGUUCUUAACAGAAGACAUUUAUAUGGCACUUCCUGAGUUAGAUCCUUCACUUAUGGAGCUGCCAAAAUUCCUAUCUGAAUAUCCAUCGGCGUUGCUUAUGAUACAGCAUGCAAAGUAAAUUUUCUUUUGGCACGUUCAGAGCUUUUCUUUCUUGUACAACUCCCAGCAUUGUCCAUUCGCGACAUUGCACAUAGUGCAACGUCACCAAUUCUUGCCUGGGGAAAACUGCAUCUGAGGUUGGGAACUGAUUCCUGGAGAUGCUGGACAAGUUGUCAUCCAAAAAGAAAACGCCAUCAGAUUGUUUACACGGCAGUCUAGGUCUAGAGUAGGAUCUGUACAGGCAUUAGGUGCAAUUACUCAAAAGGCUUCCUAUUUUUUCGGAAUGCCUCAUCUUUUGAGCUCUGUAUAUCUGUCAUGUUGGUUACUUCAUUGUUGUAUCUUCCUGCCUUUGAAGUUUUCAAGGCACUUGCCCAUUUUAGAGAUGUAGCCAUAUUUCCUUUACCUCACUAACCAUCUCCGUUCCCUGUACAAAUGAUAGGCUUGUAUUUGUUGAUGUACAUUUAAUGUGAAUACCCUUUUGUUUUUGUUUUUUAAUGUUAUGGAAAAUAUCGAAA